CCGCCAAGUGCUCCGCUGGAUAACUGAGCUACACGUAUUGGCUUAGGCACACGCAUAUACACAAAAUUAAUACAAUAUAUGUAUGUAUUCGUGCAUAUGCGUGCCCGCACAAACAAGACGCUGGCGUUCGUAUAUAUCGUUGUGGGGCCGAUGCCUCUAUUGGAUUAGACGUUGACGGCCUGAUGUUAGUGUAGUGGUUGUUGUUGCUGUUGGCCAAGGCACUACUUGCUGUCGACGACUCUUGUUGCUGAUGCUACUACUGCUGCUGUUGCCGUUGCAGCAAUAUUAAGCUAUUGUUGUUGGUGUAUUUGCUCUUAACAUUCGUGUGUGAAAUUCGCAUAUAAAACCGUUGCUUGAUUGUCCCACCAACUUCAGUUGAUCGUUGCCAGUGUUGUCGAACGGUUGUCGUUUGCCGCUAAUACCUAGUUUCGCGCUAAAAAUUCUACGAAAUUAUUUACUAUUUUUGGCGCAUUGCAUUUGAAGUAGCAACGUUCGACCGCAACUCAUAAGCGAAUUAACAUGCAGACCGUUAUCAAAAAUCCGAAUUGGUGGCGCAGGCGCACCACGUUGGAACGAUGCCUGGUAUUAAUCAGUAUUAUUGCGUUGAUCGCAGUGGUUGGUCUUGUGAUUGGACUGGUUUCUGUUAUACUUUCAAAUCAUUUGACGGAAGAACUCAAGGCAUCUACCAAUCCACCAGAGGCGCUGCAAGGCUCCACACGUAACACUGACAAUGAGGUCUUUAUGCCACCACAGAAACUACCAAGGGAUGAUGUCUGCCUCUCAGCCGAAUGCAUACACACUUCGUCGGCGGUGCUGAGCAAAAUGAAGCCAGAAAUCGAACCUUGCGAUGAUUUCUAUCAAUUUGUUUGCGGUACUUAUAUUGAGGAAAAUUUAAUACCCGAUGACAAGGAUUCAUUGAAUACGUUCUCUUUGAUCUCGGAUAAAUUACAUGAACAGUUGAAGGAGAUUAUUGUCGAAGAACGGCCAAUCACAGAGCCCAAACACUACCAGCUGCCGAACGCGCUGUAUAAGGCGUGCAUGAAUAAAUCACUGAUUGAGGAGCUGGAUUCCAAGCCCAUUGCGGACAUUGCCAAAAAACUCGGCGGCUGGCCGGUAAUUGAGGGCGAUUCAUGGAACGCAGACAACAGCUGGUCUUGGCAGGAAACAGUAAAGAAAUUCCGUAGGAUGGGCUUCAGCAUGGACUACAUCAUCGACUUUUCUGUCAGUGUGGAUCUGAAGAACAGUACAACGCGUAUCAUUGAUUUUGAUCAAUCCGCUAUUGGCUUGAGCCGCGAAUAUCUUGUCAAAGGCUUCAACGAAACAUUGGUGAGCUCCUACUAUGACUAUAUGGUCGAUAUGGCUGUGCUUUUUGGUGCUGAUAAGGAAGCAGCGAAGCGUGAGUUGCGGGAAUCUCUCGAUUUCGAGAUUGCUUUGGCCAAUAUUUCGUGGCCAGCUGAGAAGCGCCGCAACACCAACGAUCUCUACAACAUACGCACAUUGAAGCAGCUGCAAGAAGCUUAUCCUUACGUGCAGUGGGUGGACUACACCAACGCUUUGCUGCCGGACAAAAUCAAAGUGAACGAGGAUGAGCCAGUGAAUCUUUCAGUGCCCAGUUUCUUUGAAGAGUUAGGCCCACUAUUGGAGCGUACACCAAAUCGUGUGAUUGCGAACUACAUGAUGUGGCGUAUACACGCCUUUUCGAUCGUUUUUCUCUCGGAGCAAUUCCGCAAGCGUCAACUGCAAUACGCGACUGCUUUGUCGGGUCGUCAGGAGCAAGAGGCGCGUUGGAAGGAGUGUGUGGAUAUUGCCAGUGGCAGCUUGGCCAUUGCCGUCGGUUCGCUAUAUGUGCGUAAGCAUUUCAAGCAAGACUCCAAGGCUAUAGCAUUGGAUAUGGUACACCAAAUUCGCGGAGUCUUCGACAAUAUACUCAGUGAGGUCGACUGGAUGGACGAGGCUACCAAGAAGGAGGCUAAGAAGAAGUUAUAUGCCAUGACUACACACAUUGGCUAUCCCGACGAGAUGUUGGAUAAUUCGAAAUUGGAGGAAUACUACCGGAAUUUGGAGAUUGACUCCAACAAGUACUUUGAGUCUUUCCUGAACAUGAAUGUCUUCGGCACAGAUUACUCGUUCAAUAAGCUGCGCUUGCCGGUGAAUAAGACAGAUUGGAUGCGCCACGCACGUCCUGCGGUUGUGAAUGCCUACUAUUCAUCGAUCGAGAACAGCAUACAAUUCCCUGCUGGUAUUCUGCAAGGCCACUUCUUCCACGCUGCCCGCCCCAAGUACAUGAAUUAUGGUGCUAUCGGUUUCGUUAUUGGUCAUGAGAUUACGCACGGCUUCGAUGAUCAAGGACGUCGUUUUGACUUGCAAGGCAACUUGUUGGACUGGUGGGCAGAGGAUACGCAGAAGGCCUAUUUGGACAAGGCAAAGUGUAUUAUUGAACAGUAUGCAAAUUUCACGGACGGACAAACUGGUUUGCAUCUGAAUGGCGUCAAUACGCAGGGUGAGAAUAUUGCCGACAAUGGUGGUGUGAAAGAAUCCUAUCGAGCUUAUCGCCAGUGGGCGGAACAGAAUGGACCCGAGCCGAAAUUACCCGGUUUGGACUACACCCCUGAGCAAAUGUUCUGGAUCUCUGCCGGUCAGACGUGGUGCGCCAAAUACCGCAAAGAAACCCUCAAAAUGCGUAUCACGACCGGCGUGCACUCACCUUCGCAAUUCCGCGUCAUGGGCACAUUCAGCAAUAUGAAGGACUUUGCGCGCGACUUCAAUUGCCCCGAAGGAUCCCGAAUGAACCCCGUGCAGAAGUGCGAAGUGUGGUAAGGAAUGGGAGAAGAGCGCUAAUAAUGUGACAUAAACGCACACACUCACACACACGCGCACUGGCAGCAGCAAUGAUGCGAACCUUUUGCAUUGAAAUUUUCGGUGUUGUUUUUUUAUAUUCAAAUAAGAAAAAAGAAAUAUGUAAAAUUUGUUUAAUUUAUGUAUUUGUAUGUAUUUAGCUUUUAGUUACAAUUUGCUUUAUUUUUGAAGCUAAAUUCCUUUAAUGUAGUGAAUUUCGUGCAUUUCGAAGCCAGCAGCAGUCUUGUAUGCUACUUUUCGAUUUCUACACAAAAACGAAAAAGUUGUCAAUGUAUUACAUUUGUUAUGUAAUUGAAUAAUUUACCUAGUUAAUCACUUUAUGUAUGUAUUUACUCAUUUGUAUGUGAAAUGGCGUAAGCUAGUUUGAGUGAAAAAAUCGAAAACAGAAAAGCUAAAGAAAGAUUUUUGAGAUCACAACAUUUCAAACUAAAAAAAAUUGAAAUUUGCGUACUUGUUAAUUUAUAAGAUGUAAAAAAAUUUAAUAAAAUUAAACACAAAAAUUUAAA